AUGAUUGGCAGCGACAGUAUGAUUAUUGGAAAAUAUUUCUUGUUGACACUGGUGCUACAGCUUGAUUACACCAUACGACACUGUUGGGCUACAGCUGAAGGAACUUUCGAUCUGAGCAUUGAAUUACCCUUUAUGGCUACUGCAUUUGUUCAAACAGGAAAUGAAUUACAUUAUUUUUCGGAUAUCGAAUAUCAUGAUUCAUUUGCUAAUAGUGCACCUUUAAAAAGCAGUGAUCAGAAUGCGGCAAUGCUUAAUAAUCAAUUACAAUUCACUCCCAAUGAAUUACAAUUUGAUGAACAGUCAUUGGGUGUGGCAAGACAGCAGGAAGUUCGGGUACACAAUCCAACUGCUUCAACUGUUCGUUUUGAUGCGAUUUCUGGUUCCACCGUCCAUUUUCAUUGCUCAUUUCCGGAACAUAAGACUGUGAAUCCUGGUGAGUCCACUACUUUCAGCGUAGUUUUUUUACCCCGGCAGGAAGGUUUAAUUGAAAAUAUCCUCAUUGUGCAUUCAUCACUCGGAUCAUUCACUUAUUCGGUCAAAGGUAAAGGCAAAGGAAGUGCUUAUCGAAUACGGCCGUUAGUUGGUGUUAAAAUACCUGUUAACGGAACACUUAUAUCACCAGUGCAGUUACACAAUCCACAUCCAACAAGGUUACGCGUUACCGAAAUAUACAGCAGUGAUGGUGAUUUACAUUUGGAACUUCCAGACAUUGCUCCUGAAACUCAUCAUCCAGUUUCAUUAUGGGAUAUUGCUCCAUAUGAAACGAAGACUGUAAUGAAUGCGAAACUACUUGGAGCACGGGAACGGAAUUCUAGUGCGUAUAUAAGAAUCAAAACUAAUCGAAAGAGACGUAAAGUGAUCGACAAAUCGUCAUCAAAGAUAUCAUUACAAACGAAUUUUGACGUGGAACACGUUGAAGAUACACUUAUUAUUCCUAUAGAGGUAGAAAUUACGAAGAAACGUGGAUUGUAUGCUACGGUAGAUUUGUUAGAUUUUGGUUUAAUUCGAUCCGGUGAUAAAUCUUCUGAAUUAAUGCUGGAAAUCGUUUCUACACUCGAAAAAGGCAUCGAAAUUGAGAGUCUUUAUUUGGAAGGCAAUGAAAAACCCAGCGGUAUUUAUAUGGAAUUCGCUUCGAAGCCACCAAUUUCCGUGAAAUGUGGAGCAAGGCAGCAACCUGGCGCAUCAAAAGCAAUAGCAAAAAUUAUAUUCGACACAAAAUUAUUGCGUAACAAUGAAGAAGGACCAAAGUUGGUUCGUUAUAAAGGAAGAAUUGUAGCUGAAAGUCGCGGUGGUACCUAUAAUAUUACCAUACCAUAUACAGCACAGGUUUAUUACGGUUCAAUAAGACCGAAAGUGGAAGAAACGGCUUUUCAUAGUCUUCUAAAGCCUCCUGUCACACGGAGUAUUUCAUUAACCAACGAUUUACCAUUUGGAGUUGCUGUAUGGAAAAUAACUUUAGAUAGAGAAGCACAGAGAUUUUUUAAAGCAAAGUUAAUUUCAAAUGUAAUAACUAUGGCUGCCGGCGAGACAAAAUCCGUCAUUUAUUUGCAGUACAUAAGAAAGGAAAAAGAUGGAUUCGCAACAUUUUUUAAUGUCUAUACCAAUGUUACGACAUUUCAAAUACCACUUGUUAUAUUCAGUGGGAAAUUGAAGAUAGUUUUGCACUCAUCGCAUCAGAAGGAAUUCAAUUUCGGUUUGAUUGAUGCUGGUGAUAGCCGUUCAAUCCAGUUUUCCAUAAUAAACGAAAAUCCGGUAACCAUUACUGUGAAGAAUUUAAAGAGAGCAUUACCAUCAAUAACGACAUUGUCAUUAUUGAGUAUACAAACUGGACAAAGCUUAAGCUCAAAUUUGACAGAUCUUAAGAAAUCAAAAUUGUCAGAAGUUUAUCGAGAGGGUGAAGAUUUUCGAUUAUUUGGUUCUAGUUUUGCGGUCUUCAGAUAUACUUUGAGAGCUCCAAAUGAUCGUGCCAUUUUGUUUGAUGAAUUUAUCAUUGAAACUGAUUUUGAAUAUUCUUCAUUCCCGGUGAAUUAUUCAGUUGGUCAAGGUACAGUAGUAGCUGUACCCGAAGAGCUCAUUUUUCCUGAUGCAUUUCCUGGACGUAUUAGCUCACAUUCAUUAAAGGUAUUUAGUACCUUUAAGGAAGAUAUGCGUGUUUUGCGAAUAUCAUCAUUAUUUGGUAGCCGAAAAAUAUUUUUUGAGGCGGCAAAUCCAGAAAGUACUCCCGUUAUCAAAACUAAAGCACUUUCUGAUCUCGGCCGUGUGCAUGUCAUGCCAAGUGUCAAUUGUACAGACGAUUGUUAUGUCGGUAUGCCUCUGCACACGGCCGAUGGACAGUGGUUUACAUAUGGCGUGAAAUUACCGCAGAAUUUGGCUGAAAUCGACUACUAUCUUUACAGCAGAUUACGACGAAAAUUUUUUGCGCUGCAAGCUGAAGGCAAAAAUUACAUAAAUGAAACUAUCAUUAUUGAUACCGAUAAGGUUAAGCAUUUGGAAGUGCCGCUGACCUCAAAGCUUGUUUGGCCAAAACUUUUAACUCGCACCGCUGUUCAUUUUCCUUUAACGGCUGUGGGAAAUUUUACCAUAGUGAACUUAACCUUAACAAAUCCAUCGUCGCUACCGGUUGCUGUGCAGUUAUUACCACUGGUCAUUUAUCCUGAUGCUGAUACGCUAAUUGAUUUUUUCCGGAGUGAGCUGGAUUCACCACUUACAGAACCAAUUGAAAUGAAUGAAACAUUAAUGUUUUCUUUACGAGAUACAGAACUAUUCACUUUAAAACCUGAUAGUCCAGUACCGAAAUUAAGGGAAGAAUUGGAAGACAUUCUUGGAAUACCGGUUCCAAAAUUUACCUUAUCAAUGUUGCUACAGCCAGGUAUGAAAGUACGUGUUCGUGUUGGAUUCUUACCUUCUGAUUAUAUUCUUCGUUCAUCGCUACUUCUGAUUCGCAAUAACUUAACGGUUCUGGAACCAGUUGUAUUAUAUGGCCGUGGAGCUCGUAUGGAUAUGCAAGUAGAAGGUCGUGCUGCAAGAACUCGCGAUCCAUUAACUUUUGAAAUACAGCCGCGUCAUCUUUCAGAUUGUCACAAUCCAAAACGUUUAACGCAUAAAUUUUUCACGACACUCACUGUAAAACGUUCCUUUACCGUCAUGAAUACUGGUGAAGUAGUAUUUACAGUCGUCAAUAUGAGUAUUAAUAAUGUUCCUUGUGAAAAUCGUGGCUUUCAUAUCCUGAACUGUCAUCCAUUUCGGCUUAAACCGAAUGAAACACACAUUUUAGAUAUCGCAUAUACACCUGAUUUUUUGAUGUCAUGGAAUGAAGCUGCGUUGCAAUUUUAUAUGCAUAUGAACGGGACAUCAUGGCUGUUCCCAAUGGGUGCAUCCAUACCACGACAUAUGCUAGCUAAAUGUCAUGCAGCUUUACCACGACCACCUUUUGAAAGUUUCAUGUACUAUUCCUGUAUAUCUGCUUUAAUAUUAUGCCUUAUAUGUACUAUUGCUUGUGCAUAUUUGGAAGGUGAUAGAACGGUUCUGUGUGGUAUAAGACAACAAUUUGGUCACAUACGACGGGUAGAUAUGAACACCAAUGAUAUGCGACGCACUCGUGAUAGAGGACUCUUUUCUCUGUCAAGAUUGAAACCAUCACCACCUCGUCGAUAUGUUUUGCAUUAUUCCGAAGAUUCUAAUUUGUUGAUACGUUCAUUCUGGCAAACAGCAAACAGUGUUUUAUGGUUAUUUUCAUUCGUAUGGCAAUUCCGUGGUGAUUAUACACGCGUGACAGUAAAACCGACAAGAACACGUCAAAAGAAAGCAUUGGUCAAAUGUCAUGCUGAUCCGACCUAUUCUACUAAAAGUGUAUCUUUAGAUAACAAUAAAUCAGCAUCGACACGAUCUGAUUCGUGCAGUACAACAACUAGCGGGUCCAGUUCAAUAGGGAAGCGAUAUGGCUGCAAAACUUCUGGUCUUUUACCAUAUUCAGUUGGACACACAAUGCCUAAUAGUAAUUCUCCGAAGAAUGUAUCGGUUAAUGGAGUGUGCAAAUCUACAAAGGAAAAAAUAAAUGCAGAAAAGGCAUCAUUUCUAAAAGCGAAAGAAACAAAAGAAAAUCGUUCAGAUUCAAGUAGAUUACGACCUAAAACUGUUGUGGAUGCUGCUGUUUCGUUGCCUUCAAGCACCCCUAACGGUUGUGUGAAAGAUACAGGUUUAGUCCCUAAUGAAAAUCGAAAUUCACGGGAUACUAAAAAACCGGAGAAGUCGCACAGUGUUGCUACUGUUCAGACUGAGGAUGUCAGCGUGAUUAGUUACGACUGGCUUUCGGUAAAUCGUGAGAAAGCUGUUGAUGAAAGAUCAGAAGCAGGAUUGAGUGACACAAGCGCUCCGCCAGAGUGGGUGGACGGUCCUGCUAUAACAAAUGAUGGAAAUAUUGACGAUGACUUUAAAGCAUUAGCCGAUGCUGCUGAACGUUUAUUCUUGUCGGAAAAAAAAGUACCUGCAGAACGGUUUUCAGUAUCUCCACCAUCAUCCGUGAAUACAUUACAUCAAAUUCAGUUAGAACAAAGAAAGGAUCAGCAAAGAAAACAAGAAAAUUUUUCUAGAAAUGAGGUUUUGGGUCCAGUUGGUUCUCAACGAAAUGAUAGCAGGCAAAGUGGUAAUCGGCCAAGUGCGUUUAUCGAGCAAUUACAGAGAGAACGAAAACUAGCUGAGAAUCAGUAUUUGAGAAAUAAAUGGUUAAAGGAGCAAAAAGAUGAAAUUUGGCCAGGUUUUAACCUUAGACUUCCUACACUAUCGGAAACUUUCUGCGAUCGUGAUUAUGAUAAGCAGGGAAAGAAUGAAAGUGUUUGGAAGGUUCCAUCGAUUUCUACCAAUAAUAAUUGGUCACCACCAGCAAGAAAUGAUUUUGCCCAGCAACCGCCAACUUCAAAUGAUGCAUGCAAUUAUCUUGCAGAAUCAGUUCGUGCGUUUAGGCUUAAUCCAGAAGCUCCACCAUUUGUUAUCGAAAAUUCAUCUCAUUCUCAUCCUCCAUCAACAAACUUAACAACAGUACCAGUUUUUCCAUCGCGUCAUCCAACAGCAUCAUGUCAACAAACAAGAUCGGAUCACAGAAUGCAUGAUCACAAUACUUUUAUUGAUGAUCCACUAGGAUUAUCUGGAAGUCUUUUUGGUGGUGGUUCGGCGAACAUUUGGGCCAGUGAUCCACGUUCAACAUCCGAAAUAAUAUCUGGGGAUAAUAGAUCCGAGAUUGAUCCGAAUUCUGUCUUUUGGGCUAAGAUGUUUGCAGCUGAUGAUAAGAGAGAGAAGUACUCAUAA